ACGACAGUAUACUUGACCGAACUUGAAAAAAAUUCAUUGAACACAAAAGCACAUGGCAAUGCCUGUUGAUGAUGCGCCAACAGACACACGUCCAGAGCGGCCACCGACCGUGAAUGAAUUGACUUUAAUGACUAUUGUUUGGUUUGGCGUAGCCAGUGCAGUAUGUUUUACUGCAAUCCGAGGAUGGAUACGCAUCAAAUACGACGGCCGCGUGAAGCUAGACGAUAUUCUUGUUGUUUUCGCACUCCUCUUGCUGAUCGCCUCAGCAAUCAUGUACACUAUCAUUCUCAAGCCGCUAUACACAAUGAGCCGGGUGGCUGCUGGACUGUCACCUAUGCCUAUGGAUGCCAUUGGAGUCGCAAAAUUCAUUAGCGACACCAACUUCUACCUGCGUGUCCAAUUCGCGAUAACUCUGGCGUUCUGGACUUGCCUGUGGGUGGUAAAGGCUUCAUUCUUAGCCUUCUUUUUCCCACUUACCAAUGGUUUGAUAUGGGCUAGGAGGUUUUGGUACGCCGUUGCUGCAUUUUGUGCUGGUGGUUACAUCGCUUGCGUUGUCAGCUAUCCCAUUUCUUGCUCAGAGUUCACUGUUGGAGCAUGUGCAACUAUGCGGCAAAUAGACUUAUCUCUUGUUAGCCUGCGUAUGAGCACUAUUCUUGACGUCUCAACAGAUCUUGCUAUUAUGGCGCUGCCUUGGAGACUUCUUUGGAUCGUAAGGCUUUCGCGGAAAGAAAAGCUGGCCAUCGGAUCCAUCGUCGGACUCGGCUUGAUCAUCGUCGUCUUCGCCGUCAUCCGCAUAAUUGUCACGAACACAUCAGGUACACAUCCGGAAGUUAUAUGGCUUGCUCUAUGGUCUUCAAUUGAAACAUCUGUGGCUGUGGUUGUAGUUUGCCUGACAUCUUUCAAGGUCUUCUUGAAGAAGAAUGGUAUGCCAAGUACGGGAUAUAGAAGCCAGCAGUAUACGAGGGAGGUGGGGUUUACAAGAAGUAGAAACACGAGGGAUGGAGAGGGGAAUGGGUCGAUCCCACUAUGUGACGUACCGGCUAGUGGACCCUUUGGCACCCACAAAGGACACGAUAUGGGCAAUACAAUGGAAGGGGAAACUACAAGCAAUAACUCUAAAGAAAUUCUUGUGCGAUAA